UCCGGUGAGAGCGUCGUGUUCGUGGUUCUACCUAGGAGGCAAAUGAUGACAUGCCGCCACUCCUCCACGCUUAUCGUGCCGCAACAUAGGCGUACGCCUCAUGCUUCUUACAUUACAGCAACCCCAACUGCUUCCCACCACUCAAAAAGGAUCGUGAUGCCGGUUCUCAAGCUUGUGCCACGUUCCACUUCUGUUGCACUGCCCUACGCGCCGGGGCAUGGUUGGUCCAGAGCAGCGUGGUUGAAUCCCCGGCCCAUAAUCCUGUAGCCGCCGAAGGCACCUCUUGCAUGGUUUCAUAGCCAGGCUGGUGCGGCGAUCAUGCAGGCUUCACGACUGCGCCGCAAUGUUUGCUCCGACCAUGUACUGCAUAUGCCCGAAGGUCGCACUCCGCGAUGAAGCACUAACUUCCACAUCCUCUCACGUUCUGCGUGUGUGCGAAACGUCAAGUGAAUCCCUCAACUAUGGCGACACCCACACCAUUCCCCACAUCGAAACAUUUCAACCUGACGACCACUCAAGAGGAAAAUGCAAUCGAAACGGACUUGGCUCUUCCUGGCAUCAAGCGUGGUAUUGCUAUUGGAGUAGCGUGUUCGGUAUCGGUCGUCGUCAUCGCUAUUCUUGCUUUCUUUGCGAUCAGACGAAGGAACCGUGUGCUGGCUCGGAGAGCGCAACUCCAGACGACAAAGAGAGAGUCGAUGGAUGCCGAAGCAGGACCACAAGAGAAAGCUUGGUAUUCUACGCCCGCGUCGUCACCACCGCUGCCAACACCACCGCCUGUUGAAGCCGAUGUUCGGACUAUCUACGAAUUGGAUGCAGGCCAGAUACCAGAACUGCAUGGCGAUACCGCUGUGCAAGAAGUAGAGGGAAAUGGCAACAUUCACGCCACAUCAGAAGCGGAAGAACUGUACGUCCGAAAGCUCGAGCAAUGGAGGACUUGGAGCAUAGCACUGGAGCCGGACACAACAAGCCACACGAUCGAAGCCGCACAUGCCCCCAUACCACUGCUCAUGGUCUCACCACCUGAAGCUUCUCCUGGUGGAGUCUCACCGUUGCAGCGCUUGUCGAGGGACUAUCCUGCACACGACGGCUCGCCAGUGUCACCCCCUCCAAAUGUACAUUUUCCAUCGGUUCAUCGCGAGUACACCAACCACUGA